AUGAAACAGAUUAAAGCAUUAAUGGAACAUAUUAGAAUUGACUGGAAUGCGUUACAAGACGAAGAAGAAGUCGAGAUAAUACGGAAAUAUGCCAAGACUGCAAGAAGAUACAUGUACACAUUUGCAGGUUUAGCUUAUCCCGGCACUGUUGCUUAUGUUUCAAUGCCGUUUUUACCAGACAUUCUUGACAUUGUGGCACCAUUAAAUGAAUCACGCAUGCGAAAUCUUCCGUUUCUAGUGGAAUACUUUCUUGAUGAACAAAAAUAUUUUUAUCUCAUAUUAUUGCAUAUGAUUGCAACGAUUAUUAUCGGAAUUGUAACAGUUGUAGCUACAGAGACUUUGACUUUUGCACUCAUUUAUCAUAUUUGCGGCAUGUUCGAAAUAGUUAGGACCCUUCUGCAUCCACACACCGCUGGCAGCGGGAUUUCCAGCCCUCUUACGCUUCCUGGAAGGCGGCAGCCGGAAUGCUGUUGA